GGAUUAUUUUCCCAACCAAAAUACGACAAAGAUACAUUACCAUCAGCAAAUGCAACAACAGUAAUUGUUGAAUUAACGGUCCAGAGUAUUACUGAAAUCAGUGAAUUCUCGAGUAGCUUCAAAGCAGACGUUUGGUUCAGCCAAAUAUGGAACGAUCCCAGACUUGAUUUCCAGUUCAAUAGGCGUGACAGGGUUAGUAUACAAGGUCCUUGCCAACUCGACCUUACAUACUUUCCGAUGGACACACAGCAGUGCAAUUUGAUUUUUGAGAGUUAUUCGUAUAAUACAGCAGAGGUACGUAUCAUUUGGCGGGAUUGGGAGCCAGUCUCAAUUCCUGAUCCAAAGAGUAAAAAUUUACCGGAUUUUGAACUGAUACAUUUCUCAAGCAAAAGUACUACACUGUUUUACACAGCUGGAUUAUGGGAUCAGUUGGAAGUGACCUUCGUUUUUCGUAGACUCUAUGGAUAUUAUGCAUUACAGGCAUACAUGCCAACAUACCUGUCAGUAUUCAUAUCAUGGAUAUCAUUCUGGAUUGACACAAAGGCGUUACCAGCGCGAAUUACAUGUGGUGUCAGUUCACUUAUGGCGUUAACAUUUCAAUUUGGUAAUAUUGUCAAAAAUUUACCUCGGGUAUCCUAUGUUAAAGCGCUCGAUAUCUGGAUGUUUGGUUGCGUUGGAUUUAUUUUUCUCUCGCUUGUGGAGCUCGCCGUUGUCGGGUUCGUGGACAAGUCAGAUGCAAAACGACGACGAAUACAACGUGCUAAAGAGCAAAUGAUUUUGCGAUCAGAAAGUGAACAGCAGUGGCUUUCGAGAUUAACAUCGCGUCGGUCGAAUCAAACGGCUUUUGCAUCCGAUUCCAGAUUAGGUGUCACGGCGAAUAGUCUACAGGCAGGCUCAGCCCUGCUAAGCCAUCAAGGUAACAUGUUGGACGCAAAGUGUCAACGUUCACACGCAUGCCUGGAUAAUUCGCCCAGACGUUUACAGACACAAACCAGACGCUAUUCAACGUCAUUCGAACAAACACAACAAAUUACUGGCGAGAAAAUUGAUGAGAUGUCCGCUAAGAUAUUUCCGCUGAUGUUUACCGCGUUCAAUAUCUUUUAUUGGUUUUAUUUCAUUGGUAUGUCAGGCGGAAUAUUGUGA